AUGGACCGACACUCUCUCAAAAAAUCUUCGUUUAGCUCGUUCUCUUUAUAUUUUACAAUUUUUAUAAUAUUCUUAUUCUCUUUCACAUCUGCCGCCCCCAGUCAAAGACCGUUCGAGGAGGAAGCAUCUUUAAGGAUUCCAGUCAACGGAGACGCUCCAACAACCAUAGUUCCGGAUUUAGCAAAGAGAACAGCAACAUAUGCACCGUCGACAGUACGGAAUUCAGCCUCGACACCAACUGCAAAUUCUGAUAGCGAUGGAUAUGUUGCACCUUUCCCACGUGCCUUUGAUACUAGCGUCGCCUUGAACAACUUUACCGCACCUGGAUGUCAAGCAUUCUUCCAAAACUUCUUGAAUAAUACCGAAUUCAUCGAAUGCAUGCCUUUAUCCUUUUUUAUGCAGAACUCCAAGUCGUGGUUCGACAUUACCAAGCAUGGAAUUGUCCCAGUUACCCAGGCUCUCACAAAGUCUUGCAGUGCCGACUCGGGUCGUUGCAACAGCCUUAUGAAUGACCUAGGCAAGGCUCUCCUCGAUGCCUCUAACUGCGGUGCAGACUUCAAGCUCCGCAAUCCUGCUGUCAUCCAAUCAUAUGCCUCUUUUAUUUCGUACGGAGUCAUGUUUGCUGCUGGAUGCCAAAGAUCCGAGACGGGAUUCUGUUACGCGGAUGCAGUCACCAACAGCACGAAUUCCGCUGAUACCUAUGUUUAUCUUAUGCCACUGGGAAUUCCAAUUCCGGGAGGAGCACAGCUUACCUGUUCGACAUGUUUGCAAAAGACAAUGAGGAUAUUCUCUGCUGCGGCGGUGAAUAAUUCAUUACCAAUCUCCUCGACCUACGCUGCCGGGGCCAACCUAAUAAACCUAGGGUGUGGUCCCAAUUUUGUCAAUACGACGGUGGCGGAGGCACAGCUUGGGUCGGCAGCACCGUUGAGUUCACGGCCACGGACGUGGAUAUCAACAGUUUCAUUCAUCGCAAUAUUAUCACUAGUAUUCAUAUAG